AUGGCAGAGUCGAUAGUGCUGGCUCUCAAGAACGACAGUAUUCCUGCAUGGCUGCCUUCUCCUGAGAACAUAGUACUUGAAUGCUUGAAACACGGGCGGGGCCCCUCGAACAUCCCAAUACACCCGCCUGAUGGUUCUGAUGCUGCUAUCGUCAAGUGGGGGCCCGCAGUGGGAAUGAGUGAGGCUCGCACUCAGGACUUUCUCGCGAAACAGGUAAACGAGGACAACAACAGCGCUGUGCGAGUUCCGGUCGUUUAUCUUGCAUUCCGUCACAACAAUGUCGGCUACAUUGCGAUGCAGCACGUCGGGGAUCGAGAUUUUACUAGAGACGACUUCCCCAAAAUUGCCUUAGCCGUCAAACAUCUCCAACAGAUCCCCAGUCCCACAUCGGCACCGGGGCCGAUUAAUGGAGGACCUAUCAUGCCCUCGGUCGACCUCCUUGAGGAGCAUAUCAAUGCUCUUCUCGCCUACAAAAGAUGGCCAUGGAGGGUGGAUUUUGCGGAGAAGACCGGCAUACCGCUUUCACUCUGCAUCGAUGACCUUCAUUGGGGAAACUUUCGCAUCGACUCGAGCGGUCUGAUCUAUUCCAUCGACCAUGCGAGGACCAACUUCCUUCCCCUCGCCUUUCGCCAUCUCUCUCUUGCUCAGGGCGAAGAACUAGCAAUGAUGCUAGAGGAGCCUCUAGAAGACACCGAAGCAACGCAACUGUGGCCUAUGAGACUUGCAUCUGGAGAUUUUAAUAUGACUAGCAGCGACAGCAGCAAAGCUCUUCCUGAUUCUCUGCGUGCUCUGAAGGGUGAUCAUUAUUCCCUUUUCGACUAG